UGAAUUAGGUACGAUUAAAAUUAUAAUCGCAACAAUAGGAGGAACUUUGACUUUAGUUAUUAUUAUUGCAUGUGGAUUUUUAAUUUAUAGAUGGAAUGAAAAAAGGAAAGCAUUGCCUCCUAGUCACAUUAAUGAGGAACAUACUUUACCUGGAAAUAUCGUAGAACAUGAUAUAAGUAGUUAUAUUCCUACUUAUUAA